AUUGUUAUUGUUCCUUGUGGUAUUACUGCAAAAACAACUGUACAAGAUAAAGAAACUCUUUUAUCUGCUGCCAAACCUGUAUAUGAAUUAUUAACAAAGUCUAAUAAUAAACAAUUUCGUGUACAUUGUGAUGAUCGAGACAAUGUAUCACCUGGAUGGAAAUUUAAUCAUUGGGAAUUGAAAGGAGUUCCAAUACGUUUGGAAAUUGGUCCACAAGAAGUAGCUGAUAAGAAGGCUUGUUUAGUUCUACGAUGUAAUGGGGAAAGA